UCCUUCUUCUCGCUUUCACCCCUCGUCAUCGAAUCGCUUUUCCCGAAUCAGAAAAGAGGGGGUAAGAAAAAAAAGUUUCCAUCGAAGGGGCUAGCGGAUGAGCUCGGACGCCGAAGUGAUGGAGAUGCGGGAGAGACCGCUCUUUUCGGAUCUGUCGAGAUAGUGCAGGUCCUGAUCGGAGAAGGCCGGAGGAGGAGAUGAAAGGCCACGUGGCGGUGACGACGACCUCGUCGUGUGCGGCGAAGCAGUGGAGAUGGAAAUGGCUUGCUCUGACGAUUCUACUGCUUGUUUUCUUCUCGAUGUUCGUCCCCCUUGCUUUCCUCCUCGGGCUCCACAACGGCUUCCCAGUCGGGUACUUGAGUGAUGAGAGCCCACCAUCCGAAUUCUUUGAACAUUACGGCAGCAAGGAUGGUGCCAUAGAUCCUAUUUCAGUGAAGGAAGAUUCCAGAGUGAAACAAAUGUUGAUGAAUUUUACACCAUCUUUGCCACAGCAAAUUGUUCAAAUAAUUGCAAGGCAAGGUGACGGAAAAUCUAAAAGCUCAGAUGAGGGCAGUGAACAACCUAAAUCACAGUCAAUGGGCGUACCUAAAUUACCAAUUGUUGUUUCCAAUAUGACAUCAACUUCAGAUUCCAGGCCAGGUGACAGAAUUGUAGAAGAUCUUUCUAAGGGUUCAAAUUUCUAUGGAUCUGAGAGUUCUUGUGAGCUUGAAUUUGGGAGUUAUUGUCUUUGGUCGAAGGAACAUAAAGAGGCAAUGAAAGAUGCUACAGUAAAGAAAUUUAAAGAUCAGCUUUUUGUAGCCAGAGCUUAUUAUCCAAGCAUUGCUAAACUUCAGGGACAAGAGAAUUUAUCACGUGAAAUGAAGCAAAACAUUCAAGAACAUGAACGCAUCCUUAGUGAAGUCAUUUCAGAUGCAGAUCUCCCACCACUUUUUCCAAAUAAAAUUCAGAAGAUGGAACAGACAAUUGCCAAAGCAAAAGGAUGUACUGUUGAGUGCACCAAUGUUGAGAGGAAACUGAGACAGAUACUUGAUCUUACAGAGGAUGAAACUCAUUUCCAUAUGAAGCAGAGUGCCUUCCUCUAUCAUCUUGGUGUCCAGACCAUGCCUAAAAGCCUCCACUGUUUGUCAAUGAGACUAACAGUGGAAUAUUUUAGAGAACCUCGACCGGAUAUGGAGUUGUCUCUUGCUUUUAAGUUAGAAGACCCAAGUUUACGGCAUUAUGUUAUAUUUACUCGAGACAUGCUAGCAGUUUCUGUUACCAUCAAUUCAACUGUCCUGAAUUCCAAGAAUACUGCUGAUAUGGUUUUCCAUCUGAUAACUGAUAGACAGAAUUUCUAUGCCAUGAAGCUCUGGUUUGCUAGAAAUCCUUGCAAUGAAGCAGUCAUCCAUGUCCUGAAUAUUGAUGAUCUCAACCAGAGCUUAUUGAAUGGUAUAGGCUUAAAGCAGUUCUCUGCCUCGGAAGAAUUCAGGAUUUCUGUCCGUGGUUUUGAUCAAACAGAGUUCUUGCAAUUGAGAACUGAAUAUGUAUCUAUAUUUGGCCAUUCUCACUUCCUCCUUCCUGAAAUAUUCAAGAAUUUGAAAAGGGUUAUUGUUUUAGAUGAUGAUGUGAUAGUCCAGCAGGACUUGUCAUCUUUGUGGAAUAUUGAUUUGGAGGGAAAAGUGAAUGGUGCUGUUAAUUUCUGCAAGUUGCAACUUGGUCAACUUGAAAUAAUUUUAGGCAGAAAUAUACAUGAUAGAAGUUCUUGUCUGUGGAUUUCUGGAUUGAAUAUAAUUGAUUUGGAGAAGUGGAGAGAACAUAAUGUUACUGGAACAUACCAAAAGCUGCUGCGCACGUUCCACAAUGGAAAUGAGGAAACAUGGAGGACUGCAGCUCUGCCAACAAGCUUGCUGACAUUUCAAGAUCAUUUAUUCCCUCUGGAUAGCACUUUGGUUAUCUCAGGGCUUGGCCAUGACUAUCAUGUUAGCGAAGAGGUGAUAAAGAAUGCCAUUGCUCUGCACUAUAAUGGAAACAUGAAGCCUUGGCUUGAUUUAGGCAUUCCCAUGUACAAGAAGUACUGGAAGAAGUUCUUAACACAAGGAGAGCCGUUUAUGGAUGAAUGCAAUGUACGGCAUUAGUGCUUGUUUUGCAUCGGAGAUUGUAAUCUGAUCGCCCUAAAUUUCGAGUCAAAGAACCUGAACACAAGCAUUGUGUUCUUUAACAUUUGGUAGGGUCUUCUCAAGGGAUGGUGGGGAUUUUGCCAGAAUAUUUUUUAUGAUAGAGCUUGUAUGGAAAGUUGCUUUAGAUGACCUACAUAAUGGCCCUUGAACAUGGAAUUCUGCUCAUUAGACCUGGCAUAAGGUUUAUACAACAAAGUCAGUGGUGGAAUUGAUUCAUUAUAUCGAAAUGCUUCCGGUUAGUUAAAAUGUUAAAUUAGAUUGAAUCAUUCAUUUAUGUUAUAUAGUUUUUUUUUUAUGUAUUUUGUCUGGCACCUCUAAUUGCAUUGGUGCCUUUUAUUGAAACUACUGUAGAUUGGUAUUUUUUUUUCCCUUUAUUUAACAAUGAGGGUGCAGUUCCUCUGUUCUCUGUUCUCAUUCUUUGUUAAUUUCGAUAGUUUGAAUGGAAUUCAGAUUUGCCAGAGGUUA